AUGAAGCUCAUCCUCGCAGUCUUUGGCGCGUUACUGCCUCCCACGAGCGCGUCGGCGCAAACUACCUUUGCCGACAAGCCCGCCCUGCAGACCGCGGCCGACCUGUGGUGCAGCGACGAGCCGGCCGCCCUGGCUGCGUAUGGCAACAUCUCGGACUGGGGCGUGAGCCGCAUCACAGACAUGCAGUGUCUGUUCAGCGCCAACUACGAUUGCCCCGGCGGCGGCUCCACGACCGGCAAGAGCACGUGCAACCCCGACAUUGGGUCGUGGGACACGUCUGCGGUUCUCUACAUGGACUUCAUGUUCGCCGGCGCCACCGCCUUCAACAAGGACAUCUCCUCGUGGAACACGUCUGCUGUCCUCUGGAUGAGCUACAUGUUCUUCUACGCCACCUCCUUCGACAAGGACAUCUCCUCGUGGGACACGUCUGCGGUUCUCUACAUGGACGGCAUGUUCUCCGGCGCCUCCGCCUUCGACAAGGACAUCUCCUCGUGGGACACGUCUGCUGUCGUCAACAUGUACGCCAUGUUCUACGGCGCCACCUCCUUCGACAAGGACAUCUCCUCGUGGAACACGUCUGCUGUCCUCUACAUGACCCGCAUGUUCUACGGCGCCAUCUCCUUCGACAAGGACCUCAGCUCGUGGGACGUGUCGGCGAUAAUGUUCAUGGACGUCAUGUUCGACGGCGCCUCCUCCCUCAGCGACUGCAACAAGGCGCUCAUCCAGGCCAGCUUCAGCAUGCAGACGAGCGCGUGGCCCUACUCGUGGGGCUCCUUUGCGUGCCCGCCACCCCCGCCGCCGGCCUCGCCGCCGCCGCCCGCAUCGCCCACCGGGGUCUGCGGCGACGGCACUGCCCUCGACGCAGUGACGCGGAAGUGCGAGGUCUCGCUUGGCAACGGUACCGAGGUGCUCGACGGCAAGGUCGAGGUCGUGCUCGACGAGUUCACCGAGGUGGUCGGCGGCAAGUGUGCGGUUGCGUGGGAGCGCCUCCGUCCGCCCUCGCCGCCACCAGCAGCGCAGCUGCUCGACCUUCGCACGGCCACCACGUACCAGGACUCGAGCUUGUUCGACAAGCAGGCGCCCGUGAGCGAUCUUUCAUACGCCGACAGCACGACGGGACGGCCGUGGGCCGAGUGCGGCCAAUACACAAGCCAAUGGUGGGGCGUCGACCUCGGGAGCGAGGUGUAUGUGCGCUACGUGCGGCUGCAGAACCGCAACGACUGCUGCGCGGAGCGGCUGACGGACGUCGACAUCUAUCUCGGCACGACGGCAGAGACGUACACGGGCAACGCGCUGGUGAAGUCGGACGUGAGCGUGUCAUCGAACGUGAUGUUGGAGGUGGAGAUCAACGCGUUGGGGCGCUACAUCUACCUCAACCGGCCGUCUGCGGCGGGGCUGACGGUGUGCAAGUUCUACGUUUACGGAUACGUGUGA